CAGUGCCGUAACUAAGGCGGUGCCAGCAGUGCCCAGGCACAGGGCGCAGACCCUGGAGGGGCGCAGAAAUGACCAGACUAGUAUCUACUUUUAUCUCAUGCAUGGUAGCUAGUAGGUACAUUUUGUUUUAUUGCGAACAUGGUGUAGACGCGCCCUACUGUACUAUCUAUAGUUAUAUUUAAAUCGCAUUUUCAAGCGAUCUUGAAACAACAACACAUGUAAAGGUGGAUUAUCGGUUUUAUACAUUUAGUAUGGUAACGUUCACACUACUGCUUAACGUGUUGUGAUGGUUUAUGUAUGGAACCGAUACAGUUCUGACGCGUCAGUCGUCACGUCACGAUACAUCAGACAAAUGUAUAUCCACCUUAAGUCUUGCUGGCAAUAUGACAUACAUAAACAAAAGUACCUACAUAAACCGUUAUUUUCAAUGAUAUCUCACAACAAAAAAAUCUCCAAUAAAAAUAUUUUUAUUUUUUUAUAAAAAUAAAACAAAAAGUAAAACACAUGACAGAGCUAAACUAAAAAUUACUAAAUAGUUACUAUGUAAACUUGUCCUUUUAAGAACGCAUCCAAUAUUCAUUAAUAUCUGAACGCAUCGAUCAUGCCGCGCCGCGCCGCCGUCCCAAUGUUCGGGGAUUCCCCGAUACAUCGCUAAUACGCAUUCAAUUGGCCGACCGUAGCGGACGUUAUAGUUAUUGAUUGUUUUGUCAACUAUUGUCAUUAUUCGUAUAAAAUGACAUUAAUUUAAAGUAAAAUUGUGUGUGAGAGUGAAUAAGGUUAUUGUUGAUUUGUUGUUCGUUGAUAAACUCGUUUGGGUAAGUUAGAAAAUUGUAUUUAAAGAUUUAAGGUCCAUCAGGCAAAGUGAAGUCAAGUACUAAUGAGGAAUUUUCAGAUAGAAAAUUAAAAAAAGAGAAUAUAAGAUCUUAUAGAGAUGGUGCCCUAUGCGUGUGGUAUGUCAAAAAUAAAGAUUUAUUGAUUGAACGACAUAUAAAUAUUACUUUUUCGGCUUUUACGUAAAGAAAGCGUAUAUUUGCUUUUGACAUACAUGUCACCUUUUGAUCAAUCCUUGAACGAUAGUUUUUAUUUUCUAAUUUGCUGUCUGAAAAUCCCUCAAUAAUAAACAAUAAAAAAAAAUAACGAAAAAAUGGCUAGUAAGAUAGCCGAAACACGAAGUUUUCCGAACUACAUAUACAGGAUGUAAGUGACAGCGUUGCGAAAACUUUAACCAUAGCUUCAGACCAUCAUCCUAAAUAUCGUACAGCAAGAACGUUUGUCGGAAAUAAAAAAAAAAAUUGACUUCUCGUACAAAAUCAGCGACCAAUUUGAAUAUUUUGUAUGAGAGGUCGGUUCUUGCUGUAGGUUGUUAAGGAUGACGGUCUAAAGCCUUGGUUAUAGUUUUCACUAGGGUGUCACUUACACCCUGUAUUAUAUACUUAUCAGACUAGGCGUGAUUCGCGAUUCUUUUUUCAGAAAUAUUACCUGUCGGUUACCGUAAGCUAAGGACUCACGCUAUAACAAACAACAUGUCACAAAAACGUCCAUCUGGUUCUGAAUUUCGUAAGAGAAAACGCGUUAGAGAGAUGGAAGCAAAAAAAAUGGAAAAUACCUUACGAAAGUGGACAGUCACACAACAAGAAAACAGUCAGGAAGAUGUGUCCAAUGAUGACGUUUUGGCCCUCACUGGUAUGUCUGGAACUAAAUCUGGAAACAAUUUAAAGAUAAUAUAUAAAGAAAAAGAAGACAACCCAGUCAACCCAUCCCAGCAAGACUUGACCUUACCCAUCACCACCAGUCCAAGUUCUGAAAUUCAAAUUGAAAAAGCAGCUGCUACUGAUAAGAUCCAGUUAGACAUAAACGAUCCUGUUUCAUGGUUACCAUUAACUGAUCACAUUCGUUGUUUCCUUGUCGAGAAAGGUCCUGAUCAAGGAAAAGUAAGUCAAAAUAUUUCUUCAACUGAAGACGCAGGACGAAAAUUUAAUAUACAUUGGUUUACAAAAAAAAUGAGCAAUGGCGAGAUGGUACCCAGGUCUUGGUUGAUUUACAGUAAAAAAAGAGAUGCAAUAUUUUGUUUCCCAUGUAUACUUUUCGGUUCUUCCUCGACUAAGCAAAUAAUGCCGGCCCUGGCUGAUGCACAAAAAGGAUUUAAUGAUUGGCGUCAUUUAAGUCCACGUAUUCCUGAGCACGAAAACUCUACAUUUCAUAGAGAAAAUUGUAUUAAGUGGAAAAUGCUUGAACAGAAAAUAAAACGUAAGACCACAAUAGAUGCAUCCUUACAAAAGGCUAUUGAUCAAGAAACAAAUAAGUGGAGACAUAUUUUAAAAGUGUGUACCAACAUACUUUUGUUUUGCGCGGAAAAUAAUUUACCGCUCAGAGGCUCUCAUGAGCGUAUUGGAGAAUCAGGAUCUGGAGUUUUCUUAAGUGCCGUCGAUAUGAUUUCAAAAUUCGACCCUGAACUUAGAGCGCAUAUUGAAUCGCUUCAUAAAGGAAAUAUUUCAUAUUUUACGCCUUAUAUUCAAAACGAGCUUAUAGAUAUUCUUGCCUCUGAGGUCAAAAAACAAAUUUUAGACGAUGUUCGUGCGGCAAAAUACUUUUCCAUACUUUUUGAUUGUACGCCAGACGUAUCGCAUAAAGAACAGAUGUCACAAAUAUUGAGAUUCGUAAAAGUAUCCGAGCAGAAAGUUACAAUCGAAGAACGGUUCAUAGAUUUCAUCCAGUCUCAUGAAAAAACGGGCGAGGGAUUGUCGAAAGAGAUUUUAGAGAAAUUAGAAGUUGAUGGAUUGAAUAUUCAAGAUCUUCGUGGCCAAGGCUACGACAAUGGUAGUAAUAUGGCCGGUAAAUAUAACGGAGUCCAAGCCAAAAUAAAACAAAUUAAUGAAAAUGCUGAUUAUGUGCCGUGUGCAGCGCAUUCUUUGAAUUUAUCUGGCGUACACGCUGCUAGUGUCACACCUGACAUGAUCACAUUUUUUGGAUUAAUCCAGAAAAUAUUUGUGUUUUUUUCGAGUUCAACGGUCAGAUGGGAAACUUUAAUGAAAUACUUAAAUAUUUCUUUGAAAAAACACGCCGACACUAGAUGGGCCUCUAAAGCUAGGGCUGUCAAAGCUUUGAACUCGCAAAUACCCCAAAUCUGGUGUGUGCUAAAGAUUCAAACUACCAAUGAUUACAAUGCUGAAACAAUUUCUGCAGCUAAAAGCAUAAUGGACCAAAUUAAUUAUAAAUUCAUAUGUACUCUCCAAAUUUGGGAUAAAAUUUUGGAAUCUGUUGACAAAGUGAAUGUAGCUCUACAGUCUAAAACUAUGACUAUCGACAAAGCUUCUGAAUUAAUAAAGGGAUUAACAAACCAGAUACAAAAUAUUCGCGAGACUAUAGACAUUGUUUUCGAAAAGGCAAAAAAGAUUUGUGAACAAUGUGGCAUUGAAGACAAUUUUCCUGAAAAGCGACGAAAGCGAGUAAAAAGACACGAUUUAAUUGAAAGUUCAGACUCCGGCUACGACAUUACUCAGCAACAAAGUUUCAAAAUUCAGAUAAAUGAAGCAAUAGAUACAAUCAUUUCUGAAUUAAAAUGGCGAUUCGAAAAACUACGCGACAUACAUAACUCUUUCGGUUUUUUGACCUUAAAACACAUUACUACAUAUUCGGUUGAAGAACUAAAAAAAUAUGCAGCUGAUUUGAGCAUCAAAUAUUCUGCAGAUAUAAAUGCGACAGAAUUUUGGUCCGAAAUAGAAACUUUGAAGAGUCAAGUUGAAGCGACUACAUUAUUUGAUAAUUGUGAAUGUCAGUCAAGUAUGGGUCUUCUCAAAGCUAUAGUGGAACUGGAUUUAAAGGAAAUGUUUCCCAAUAUAGUAGUCGUUUUAAAGAUAUUUUUAACGAUGCCAGUGACUGUAGCUUCUUGCGAGAGAUCGUUCAGUAAGCUCAAAUUAAUAAAAACGUAUCUGCGCUCGACGAUGGGUCAAGAAAGAUUGUCUGGCCUAGCAAUUUUGUCGAUUGAACGCGACAUAGCACGGCUCCUGUCAUAUGAAAAUGUAAUAAAGGACUUCGCAAUGAGAAAAGCGAGGAAAGUAAAUCUUUAAGUAAUCUUAAAAGCCUGGUUAGAGCAUUUUUCAGGGGCGCAGUUUUGAAAGCUCGCACUGGGUGCAUAAAAGGCUAGUUACGGCACUG